UUGGUUUGGUUGGAGCUACGAACAAACAAGCAGAGGAGCUUCUCCUUCUUCUUCCUCUUGCUUGCUUGCUUGCUUCUCCAUCCAUACAUCCAUGGAGCAGCACUUCGUUCAUUUCGGUGCCACCACCACGCCUCCUCCUCCUCAACCCAAACCCAAAGCUUCACCGCCACUCUGCUACCACACUUCAUCACCGACCUUGGCCGACGACUACCACACCUCCUCACCCAUGUCGUCGGCCUUCGACAUGGGUGACACCGACGACAUGCACCUCCUCAACACCCUCCUCCUGCACAUACAGACGGGCAGCGCUUCUUCUCACGUGGAAGCUGCCCAUUACUCCUUGGACCUGGAAUUGGACAUGGAGCCAUCUUCCUCUUCAACCAGCUCCUCCUCCUCCUACUCCUCCUCCGAGCAGCAGCAGAAGCAUCACGGGAUGCCCACCACCGCAGGACAGAGCCCAUCCAAUCGCCGUGCAUCGCAGCAGCAGCAGCCACACCCCGCGCCGGCGGCCACCAAGGGCCUCAUCGGCGUGCGCAAGCGGCCGUGGGGCAAGUUCGCCGCCGAGAUCAGGGACUCCACCCGCAAGGGCGCCCGCGUCUGGCUCGGCACCUUCAACACCCCUGAGGCGGCCGCCAUGGCCUACGACCAGGCCGCCUUCUCCGUGCGGGGCGCCGCCGCGGUGCUCAACUACCCCGUCGACCGUGUCCAGGAGUCGCUCCGCACCCUCGCGCUCCGUCCCGACGUGCCGGGAGGCUCCCCUGUGCUGGCCCUAAAGCGCCGUCACUCCAUCCGCAAGCGCUCCCCCAACAAGGCCAAGAAGACGGCGCUAGAGCCCACCAACACCAAGAUGAUGGAGCAGUCGGCCGCAGCCAUGCCGGCGCAACAGCAGCUGCUGCCAGUGCAGUCCGCGGGCGUGGUGGAGCUGGAGGACCUGGGCGCGGACUACCUGGAGGAGCUGCUCCGGGUGUCCGACGAGCCGUCCACGUCGUCCACCAUGCUGAUGGGGGCCUUUGAUCAUCAUCACCAUCACCAUGUCGACGACCAAUCCGCGCUGGCCAGCACGGCGCCGAUGCUGUUCCCCCAUUGCUAGCUAGCUCCAUCCAUGGCCGGCUGGCUCAUCUGCCGGCGCCUCCUCGUCCUCUGCUCUCUCACUCUCUCUGCUUUGAGUUAAUUGCAAAUAGCGCCCAUCCAUGGACCGAUCACUCGAUCAGUCAGUUUUCCUUCUGUUUUUUUUUCUCGCCGUCCUGUUGCAUGCCACGGCAGCAGCACCGGAGGGCAAUCAGGCGGCAACAGCCAACGGCUUUUGUAUGUACGUAUAUGUAGUAGAACUAGUAUAGUAUGCCUCUCUGUUUCGUUUCGUACGUACUACAAUACGUCAAACAAAAAGAUAGUUAUUAUAGAACAAUAAUAUACUGUACGUACAUAUGCCAACGGCUUUCCAUACAAUUAUUAUU